GCACUGAAAAGUGAAUAGUUACUCUUUGCCUGGGCAGUCACUGCUAGAGGAUAGGAAAUCCUAUUGAUUCUAAUCUUAAAUGGAAGGCAGAAAGAACGUUGCUCCUCCAGCACAAGUAUCAGAGAUAGAGCCCAUAUGCCAAAAACAGGCGCGUGCAGGGAACGAGCCUCAAAGCUAUUCCAAUUCAGCGGAAUUCCAACGAGUAGAAGCCUGACUUGCGCCCUGCACGCGUUAAAUCGCACCCCGCAGAUUGACCUAAUGAGCAACUAGAAUAGAGGGUUGCCUGAAUCAUGGACCCUUCCGUUCGGGUAACUUGCGUAAAUUAAAGUAAAUCGAGUGUUGGAGACCCUAACUUGGACCAUCUCCCUCCCUCAUUUCGUUAUUCCCUUUAAUCUUUUCUUUGUACAUAUUCUCCAAACAGAGUAAUGCACUGUAUCAAUGGGACCUCAUACAUCUUUUCUUAUAUCUUAGCGUUCGUCAAAGCACAAACUGUCCUUCUCUGGCUUUGGUGUGUGUAUCUGCCCAAUGAGUAAAGGGAGCUUCGGUUCUUUAUAUGACUGAACUUGGGAGUCUAUAUAAACAUUACGCUUUUUAUUGUUACAUAUUUGUGUCAUUGUUGUUGCCUGGGACCCAAUAAACAUUCCCUAGAAUUGCUUCAAAUGUCCAUAAACCAAACCAACGUCCCUAAUAGAAACGCAGUCUAUUUCUAUUGUGGCUAGUAAUCCUUUUACACGUGAAAGCGCCCCCCACAGGCAGUACUGAGAACAUGUUGGUUAAACCUAAACACCAUAACAUUUUAUAUAAUUGCAGGACCAAAAAAAUAAUACUUGGCUACCCAAGCUAAAAGUGACGCUGGCUCUUUGGACAUCUGGUCACAAGCCAUUUAUUGAUGGGGGAUCAGUGAAUUUGUCAUUUAUUCUGGUAGAAAUAAGCCUAAAGUGGAACAGACUUCUGCCUCCCACCAUCCUCUCCCAUCCCUGUCCCACAUUCUGCCUGAUGCACGGACACAUCGGUGUCACCCGGGGAGCAGAAGAACAUCACAGGCAAUUGCUUCUCCUGCGGAACUAGGAAGGGAGAAGAGUAGUGAAAACAGAAACAUCAACAAUGAUUGCGGUAAAGGCUCCUCUCAUACAGCAGCUGAUUGGAUGCAAUGUUGCAGAUUAACAGCAAAGGAUCAGUGACGCUGAGCACUCGGUGCAAGGGUCUCUGGAGGGAAUGUGUCUGGGACCGGUUUGUGAAGAUCUGGACAUGUGAUGUUUUCAGCUCCUACCUAAAUCCCCAUCCAGCAGGAAUAGUUCUCACCAGAGCACUGAUCAUUGCCUCAAGUAUAAUGAGUGUACUUGCAUUUGCUUUCCUGGUCUUUGGCUUCAAAAACUUCACCUGCUUUCAUGAUCCCUCCAUAAAGCUACAAUGUCUCCGACUGUCAUCUGGGCUUCAUUUCCUUGCUGGAAUGUCAAGCUGUGCUGGAAUCAUUAGAUACUGUGUGUAUGUCUAUGGCAAUCACCAAUAUGAGGUCUCUCUCAGAAUUCCAGGAUUUCCAAGUUUUGAAUAUGGCUACUCACUGUGGGUGGCUGUUGGGGGCAGCCUAGGGGCCCUCGUUACAGCAGCGAUCACUUGCUAUCUGUCACACGCUCAAAAGAAGCCUGAUGUAAUGACGUUAAAUGCCAUUAAUGAGGUUACACACUGUAACGCCCAGGAAGUACUAAAAACAUAUGUUUAAAGGGGUGGUUCACCUUCAAGUUAACUUAUAGAAUGGGUAAUUCUAAGCAAUUUUUCAAUUGGCCUUCGUUUUAACUUUUUUAUAAUUUUUUAAUUAUUUGCCUUCUUUUUCUGACUCUUUCCAGCUUUCAAAUGGGGGUCACUGACCCCAUCUAAAAACAAAUUUAUAUAAAUAAUGUAUAAUUAUUGAUACUUUUUAUUAUGCAUCUUUCCAUGUAGACCUCUCCUAUUCAUAUUCCAGUCUCUUAUUCAAAUCAAUGCAUGAUAAUUUGGACCCUAGCAACCAAACUGU